UCAGCUGAAAUGCAUAAAAAAACUGGGAAUUUUUUAUUGCAAGAUUCCCCAAAUUCAUGAAUUGGAUUGAUAUAGGGCUCGUUGUAAUUAAAGAACAGAUGACAACCAAAAAUAUAAUUGGAUCGAUGAUAUAUAGUAAUUAGUAUUCCAAACUUGAAUCAAUAACGGUAAUGGAAUCGAUAUCACCAUACACAUAUCCGUAUAUAUAGGAUUUCAAUCGAAUAUUUAGGAGGGUUGGUAUUUGGGAGUCAAGUCGUGUGCUCGAAGGAGAGACGAGGAGGCAAAAGCCUCGUCUGGAUCGGAUCGAUGUCAUUUUGUCAUGUCUUCAUCGUCUUCUACAACGUCCAACAUGUUCUUAUUUGCAAAAAAGAAAUGGUGAUCUCGAACAAAGGAUAGCAAGCCUUCUGAUGUGGAGUCUAAAUCGCUAAAGGUCACCCAACAAAACAACAGUAAAGAUGGUAAUGAAGGUACCGGUAUCACAGCAUAAGGGAACAAUGGUACGAAUUCAGAAAAGAAUCAGACGACGGAUAAAGACCAAGUCCACACAAUGAACAAUAUGAACUUCUGUUUGGAAUCAAAAAUACAAGGUGGAAAUUGUAUCAAACUAAAUUAUACUGAUGAUGUAAAACUACGAAAGAUGUUCAUAAAAGACAUGGCUGAAAUGCAUUUUUGUUGUUACAAACAACAAAGCAGUAAUGAAUGACCGAAAAUCGAUGAACGUAAAAUUAUUAUCCAUUAGUUAGUUUGAUUUGGUUGCAUACUAUUUUUUUCUUACUGGAACAUUUAUCUUACCACGUCUUUUCUCAAUUUUGUAGUCUUUUUUUAAGGUCUUUGGCCUUACAUAGUCAGGGCAGCAGGUGGGGGUUAGGAAUGACAUAUGCAAAAAUUGUUGAGCCAGGCCAACUAGAAGUGCAUGAGGUACUAAACCAUACCAGUCCUGCUGUUUGUUGUCAUUUUUUGUAACACCAUAAUGGAGUUCAAAUAAAUUAUAUUUAAACUGGAUGUGAUAGGUCUUUUUUCUUAGUCGUACUGACACAGUCCUUGUAAAUGUACAUGUUUUUAGUGAGUGAUUCCCAAUGCAGCAAUGACAGAAUGAAGUAUGUGUUACAUAAUUCAUUCACAUACAUAUUCAGAUAUUAACUUGCUUGUUUUCCAUGUUGAAUUGAAGUUAAGCAUUUUCUAAGCUGUGUAUUAGAAUAAAUAUUGCACCAAGUGUACUCAAAAUAUAUAUUACCUACAGAACUACUAGCAUUAUUUCGCAAUGUUUAUAAACAGUUGAUAUUAAUAUGAAUUUAAAAAUUUCAGUGUGUGUAAAAAUAUGAUAUCAUUAUCUGGGAAGAUCGGUGUAAUAACUGGAGCAAGUUCAGGAAUUGGACGAGCAACCAGCAUAUUAUUUUCAAAACUUGGAGCUGAUUUGAGUCUAGUGGGGAGAAAUGAAGAAAAUUUGAAAAAAACUGCUGACGAAUGUGAAAAAAAUGGAUCGAAAGUCAUCAGUGUUGUAGCAGACGUUACCUCUUCAAAUGGAAUAGAUAAAAUAGUUUAUGAAACGACAAAAAGAUUUGAGAAAGUCAAUAUAUUAGUUAAUAAUGCUGGAAUAAUCAAAUCAGGAACAAUUGAAAAUACGACUCUCACUGAUUUUGAUGAUAUAAUGAACAUCAACACAAGAUCUGUGUUUCAGUUGAUGCAACUCUUCCUUCCACAUCUCGAAAAGACGAAGGGUUCUAUUGUAAACGUUUCAAGCGUGAAUGGAAUACGUUCAUUUCCCGGUGCGCUUGCGUACAAUGUAUCAAAAGCUGCAUUAAAUCAGUUGACACGCUGUAGCGCACUUGAAUUAGCGCCCAAAGGUAUAAGAGUAAAUUGUGUAAAUCCUGGUGUAACGUUGACAGAAUUACAUAAAAGAAGUGGAAUGGAUGAGGUCGCGUAUAAAACAUUUCUUGAGCGGACAAAAACCACUCAUGCUCUCGGUCGUCCUGGGAAAGCUAUUGAGGUUGCAGAAGCAAUAGCUUAUCUUGCGUCUGAUUCCUCGUCUUUUGUCACAGGGAUGAGUUUACCUGUGGAUGGAGGACGACAUGCAAUGUGUCCAAGAUAAUUCUUUCAUUAAAUACACAACUUCAAUUUAAACAUUUUUAAAUUGUUAAUGAUGGGCAAAACUCAAUAAUAUUUUUGGCUCAACUAAAUUGGCCAUUUUUAACUAAAGGGUAUUUGAAUUUGUGUAUGGUUAAACAUUUUUAUAUUGCCAAAUAAAUAAAGUUGGCUUACUUCAUAUUAUAUUAAAUUUUCUAAUAAUAUUGGUAUUUAAUUUUCUAUUAAUUUGUGCUACUGCAUGUGUAUUUCUGAUAUCAUUGGAUAUGCCUAGUAUGUGGCUUGAUGCUUUUUUGACUGCAUCAGAUUUUAGUUCUCUCUUUUCAUUUUAAGUCCUCUCCUUAAGUUCGGUCAGUUCUUGAUUUUUUUCCCCCUAUAUUCUUGUCGAAUCUUCCUAAUAGGUAUUGGAUCAGAUUAUUUUACCGUUAAAAAAGUUUCUUUUAAAUAUGUCUAAUUUAAACAACCAUCUCUGCUAUACAAAUUUACUGUGUUUAUUUCUUUUAGAUUUAUAUGUUUAUGAAAUGGGUUA